AUGCACUAUGCAAAAUAUUGUACAUAUCACAAUCAAAAGUGUAACAAGUGCAACAAAUACGGUCAUAAGGAGGGGUACUGUAAUUCAUACAGCGCCAGUAAAAGCAAAAGCACAAAACCUCAGCGACACAAGCAACAACAAACGAGCAACAAAGGUCACAACAGUUGCUUACAAGUAAAUUCAAUAACGCUUGUUAAUCGACGCAAAUACACAACAGUAAGCAUAAAGCCGAUAGAAACCGCAACAUCAUCGUUUCCGUCGUGUGAUGUCAGAAUGCAGGUGGACACCGCCUCGGACGUCUCGCUAAUCGGAAAGUCCACAUGGAUACAAAUGGGUCAACCGGGAAUACGGUUGGAGAACAAAUACGUUACCAGCGCAUCAAAAGAUAAGAUUCAACUACUAGCCGAAUUUUCUUGUGAAGCUAGGCUAAACGGGGAAGUACAAUACUGUAAUUUAUUCGUAACAAAUAUUGAUUCUUUGAACAUCUUAGGAGUUGACUGGUGUGACAUUUUCCAUAUUUGGGAAAAGCCUCUCAAUCUCAUUUGUAACAACAUCAUAUCGGUUCAAGAUCAACAAUCUACUAUUUUGAAGCAUAUACAGCAAGACUAUGCGGACAUAUUCAAGCCAGAUCUGGAAAAACUAAAUAGAUUACAUCAAUUAGGGGUUAUCACCCCUGUAGAAUUUUCUGAAUGGGCAGCGCCUAUCGUAGCAGUGAAGAAACCGUCUGGCAAGGUUCGGAUCUGUGGCGAUUAUUCAUCAGGGCUAAACGCAUGGUUAGAGCCGCAUCAAUAUCCGCUGCACACGCCAGAAGAAAUUUACGCAAAGGUCGCGGGAAGUCAUUGCUUUACCGUAAUAGACCCAUCAGACGCGUAUCUACAGAUACCCGUCACAGCAGAGUCAGCCAAGCUGCUCACCAUUAACACGCAUAUGGGUCUGUUUACGUUCAAUCGACUCGCACCAGGUAUCAAAAGCGCUCCAGGAGCGUUCCAACAAAUCAUGGACACCACAUUGGCAGGCAUAGAUGACACCGUCGCUUACAUAGAUGACAUCAUUAUAGGCGGUGCAACCUUUGAGAAACAUGUCGAAAACCUUCAUAAAGUGGCGCAACAGCUACAGAAGUAUAAAUUUCGGGUCCAGUUCGACAAAUGCAAAUUUUUUGCUGCACAGGUAAAAUAUUUGGGGAACAUUUUAAGCAAAACAGGUAUAAAACCUGACCCCACCAAAAUAAGCCAGAUUCUAGCACUACCAGAACCAAAAAAUGUGUCAGAAGUCCGAGCAUUUCUGGGCAGUGUAAACUAUUAUGGAAAAUUCAUCGCAGAAAUGUCCAACGUCAGAGCACCUUUGGACAAAUUGCUUCAUAAAAAUGAAAAGUUUAAUUGGAACGCUGAUUGCCAAAAAGCCUUCCAGCAAUUCAAACGCAUUUUAAAUUCAGAUUCAAUGCUUACGCAUUAUAACCCCAAUUUACCAUUGAAAGUGGCAGCAGACGCCUCCAAUAGAGGAAUCGGUGCGUUUAUUUGUCACGUUUUUCCGGACGGAUCAGAGAAGGUUAUACAACACGCCUCAAAAGUUUUAACGGAUGCAGAGCAAAAGUACUCGCAAAUUGAAAAGGAAGCUUUAGCAUUAGUUUUUGCGCUAAAGAAGUUCCACAGAUUUAUUUUUGGACGUAAGUUCACAUUGUGCACGGAUCAUAAGCCGCUAAUCGCAAUAUUUGGUAAAAAUAAGGGCAUCCCAACGUACGCAGCAAAUAGGCUUCAGCGAUGGGCACUAAUAUUGAUGAUGUACGACUUCAAUAUCCAAUACAUUAAAACAACAGAAUUUGGAUGUGUAGACAUGCUUUCGCGCCUUAUAGCCAAUCACACAAAGCAAGACGAAGACAUGGUGAUAGCUUGUACGCAAAUGGAAGAAGAAAUGAACACGAUUAUUGAAGACCAAUGUGAAAAACUUCCGGUGAGUUUUGAAAUGAUAAGAAAAGCUACAAAGCAAUGUUCAACGGCCCAAGCUGUCAUAAACGCAUUAUCAAAUGGAUGGAAGCAAGAAAUAAUACCAGAAUUACAGCCAUUUUAUGCACGGAAAGAUGCACUCAGCGUGAUUCAAGAGUGCCUAAUGUUUCAUGAACGCAUAGUGAUUCCGAAGAAAUUACAACCACGAAUUCUACGUCAACUACACAGAGGACAUCCAGGUAGAGAACGCAUGAAAUUGUUAGCAAGGAGUUACGUGUAUUGGCCUGGUGUGGACGAAGAUAUAGUCUCGUAUUCACGAAAUUGUCAACUUUGUGCAUCAACAGCAAAAAUGCCUGUAAAACAUACACUACGAUCAUGGCCGUUAGCAACAAAACCAAUGGAACGGUUACACAUUGAUAUAGCAGGACCAUGCAAUGGGUUUUAUUACUUCGUAAUCGUAGAUGCAUUCUCAAAAUGGCCUGAAAUUUUUCAAAUAGAGAAUAUCACAACGCAAACAAUCAUUAGCAAGCUAAAUGAAACGCUUUCACGUUACGGAGAUUGUGACACACUGGUCUCCGAUAACGGCACACAGUUUACGAGCGGAGCGUUCGAACAAUUCGUAACAUCGCGGGGUAUUCAACACAUAAGGACAUCGCCUUAUCAUCCCCAGUCCAAUGGACACGCGGAACGAUCCACACCAAAUCCGAAUGUGGUAGAACGUAAAUCUCCGGCAGAAGCCUUCCUUAACCGGAAAAUCAAAACAACGUUAGACUUAACUAAGCCACAAACAACGGAAAUCAAACAACGAAAUUUAAAACAAGAAAAGCAGUUUAUUGUCAAACACGGAGCAAAAUCUAGAGAAUUUUCGAAUGGAAGCCUUGUAAACGUUAAAUGGCAUCAAGGCAAUGAUACGUUUUGGGUUCCUGGCGUUAUCAUAGAACGGAUUGGUUCAGUGAACUACAAUGUCAGAAUUGAAGUAAAGGGCAACUCAAAACUGAUUAGAUCACAUGCAAAUAAAAUGGUAAAACGGUAUGGAAACCAUACUGGCAAUCGCGAUGUGACUAAAUAUUUAUGCGACGUUUUUGAUCUCACAGAACUACCACGGUUCAAUGAAGAAAAUCAACCCGUACUACAGCCAGAAACUGUUGAAGUGGCUCCCCUAGUGGAAACCACCUCAUCUGGUUCUAAUGCACAUACAGAAACAAAUAGAGGAACAUCAACGAGUCGCAGGAUUCGUAGACCACCAGCAUAUUUGAAUGAGUAUGAUACUUCCUAA